AUGGAGUCAUCCUUCUCAUUUGGAGUGAUCCUUGCUGUCCUAACCAUCCUCAUCAUUGCUGUUAAUGCACUGGUAGUUGUGGCUAUGCUGCUAUCAAUCUACAAGAAUGAUGGUGUUGGCCUUUGCUUCACCUUGAAUCUGGCCGUGGCUGAUACCUUGAUUGGCGUGGCUAUUUCUGGUCUAGUUACAGACCAGCUCUCCAGCUCUGCUCAGCAUACACAGAAGACCUUGUGUAGCCUUCGGAUGGCAUUUGUCACUUCUUCUGCAGCUGCCUCUGUCCUUACCGUCAUGCUGAUUGCCUUUGACAGAUACCUUGCCAUUAAGCAGCCCCUCCGUUACUUCCAGAUCAUGAAUGGGCUUGUGGCCGGAGCAUGCAUUGCAGGACUGUGGUUGGUAUCUUACCUUAUCGGCUUCCUCCCACUCGGAGUCUCCAUAUUCCAGCAGACCACCUACCAUGGGCCCUGCAGCUUCUUUGCUGUGUUUCACCCAAGGUUUGUGCUGACCCUCUCCUGUGCUGGCUUCUUCCCAGCUGUGCUCCUCUUUGUCUUCUUCUACUGUGACAUGCUCAAGAUUGCCUCUGUGCACAGCCAGCAGAUCCGGAAGAUGGAACAUGCAGGAGCCAUGGCCGGAGCUUACCGACCCUCACGUCCUGUCAAUGACUUCAAGGCUGUUCGUACUAUAGCUGUUCUUAUUGGGAGCUUCACUCUGUCCUGGUCUCCCUUUCUCAUCACUAGCAUUGUGCAGGUGGCCUGCCACAAAUGCUGCCUCUACCAAGUGCUGGAAAAGUACCUGUGGCUCCUUGGAGUUGGCAACUCCCUACUCAACCCACUCAUCUAUGCCUAUUGGCAGAGGGAGGUUCGGCAGCAGCUCUACCACAUGGCCCUGGGAGUGAAAAAGUUCUUCACUUCAAUCCUCCUCCUUCUCCCAGCCAGGAAUCGUGGUCCAGAGAGGACCAGAGAAAGCGCCUAUCACAUCGUCACUAUCAGCCAUCCGGAGCUCGAUGGCUAA